AUGAGUUCAAAAGAUUCGGCUUCUCAUGAUACCUCCUCAACUACAACACUAAAAGACAGUGAAACACAAACUAGUAAGGUUUACGAUUUCAGCAAUACUUCCGUCAAUAGACCUGGGAGACCACUGCCACAAAAUAUUGAAAACACGGCGCCGCCUAAGAACGACAAAGAAAAGGUCUUCGAAUUUUGCGAAGUAAUUCAAGACCCCAAUGAUCCGGAUUCCGUGAGUAUAGUAACGGAAAAAUUCUCAGAAGAAGUUAUAACUACGAAAGAGAAAGGUUCAUUGUUUGAAAAGCCCACAGCAAACAAAUAUAAAUACUACAGAGAGGUAAUACAACCGUAUUCUAAGAAGUUUUGUACAGAGUGUCCUUCUUAUGUGCCUCCCCGUAAGAAGGAUAGCCCAGCCUGUCCGCCAAGUCCGCCUUGUAAACCUAGCUGCCCCAUUAUACCCACACACUCCUGCGAGUCCCCACAACCUAUCCAGACCUGUGAACCACCAAAGCCAAGUGGUCCCGACACCGAUUGGUGUAAUAAUAAACCUCAAAAAGAUACAGUAGAUAACUGUGACACCAAUAUGGAUUGCAACGAAAAAUGUAAGAUGCAUUGCAAGACAACAUUUAUAAAUCCCUUAGAUGAAGCAGCCAAAAAUCCAUGUAAAUCCCCCUGUAAAGUCCCAAGCAAAGAAAAAUGUUCUCGAACAAAAUUAGACUGUGAUAAACCAAAAACACCGCCAUGCGAAAAGUGCGAGAAAGUAGACGAAGCACAACUCAAAUGCUGUAUCGCAGCGUGCAUUAAAGAUAGCGUAAAGGCAGUUAAAAAAGGUAGUUCAAUGUGUGUUAAUGAAAUUGAAAAAGCUAUUGGUGUUAAACACGCUGACAAUUGCGACGACAAACCAACUUAUUAUGUCCUGGAAAAACCAAGAUGUCCGGAUUACACGGGGAGUCGUGGAUCAUCAUCAACAAGUCUACCAAAAAAGAGCAGUGUUCAAGAAUUUUUUGAUACUCAAACUCAAACAGUCGCGACAAUACAAUGUGCACUCAAAGACUUCAUGGGUACAGUCUGCAAUAAAACGAGAGACGUUAUUGAAGUUCUACGAACAGAAAGUUGUAACAAAAUGAGGUCCGAAGAAGAAGAAAAAAAUAAAAAUACGAAAGACUGUUCGUACGUAAAAUCUUUAACACUGAUAACUGAGAAAAUUAAAAACGAAAUUGACAAAAUAGAUAUGAGCACUGGAAGUGAAAGCUUAGAGAGAAUAUUAGAACCGGCUAAGCAAAUUCUAGAUAAGGUCGCCUCGGUUGUAUCGUCCACUGUAUCUUUAAUACAGGAAGCUAAUUUUGAAAAGAUGGUAGACGAUGCCCUCGAAGCGAAAUUCAACAAAAGCUCACCCUAUGACAGACCCGGAGCAUACAAGCCACCAGAACAAGUCGCUCAGGAACAUGAACCCAGUAGGAAUGCUAACAUGUUCACGACCAUAAAAACAAAACUGUUUUCUAUAUUCGGACAAAGGGACAGCAGUCACGAAAUAGAAGACGAUGAAGAUGAUGAAGACGAAGAUCUUACAGCUGAAAAAUACUUCGACAAAUAUUGCGACCAGUAA